GUAGUGUGUGAAUAUGCCCGUGCCUCGGCCCCGCCGGAUUUGAGGUUGGCCCCGUCUCGCACUGGUCACGGUCGCCCACCGCUCCUGCGUAUCCAAGCCACGUCCCAUCGUCGUCCUAUCACUCGUCCAUGUCGCCCUGAGCCCCGCCACCACCGUCUCGUUGCUCUCCUUCUGUCUCUCCCCCUACCCCCGUUGCCACUGGACCUGCCAGCCCAUAUCCUAAUCGCAGUGUCUCGUCGUCCGACUUAAUCUGGUCCCGUCUUCUGCCCUCAAGCCAGGACCUCUAUGUCCGCCGACUCCUCUCAUCCUCGACGCCAGCCACCAAGUCCCCUCGUCUUCUCCCCGGAAACAGCACUACCCCCCAUCCUCCACAGUCAUGUUUCUUCGUCCAGCAACAAUGGCGCCGCUAAUGCACACGCCUCUUCCUCCAACACGGUCUCCAUGCCCUUCGUGAGGCGUCAUGUUACGCGCCGUCUCAAGGCCGCAAAGGCAGAAUGCGACAAGGAGCUGCAGCGGACUACCAACUCAAUCACUGCCUUCUUUGAGGAGCGCCUCAGGGAGGGGGAUCACGAGGCGGAAUUCGAGCGCGAGCAGAGGGAGCGCGAGCGUGGCCCAACGCGGGAGUCCAACCUCCCGGACUCGCAGCCGGAGCCUCUCCGGGAAGCGUUCGUCCUGCAGCCGGCGGAGCUCAGGUCCGCGUUGCAGUUCGACGAUGUGAGCUCUGAUGGCGGCUAUGAAGCCGACCCAGAAGGCAAUUAUCACAGUCGACAACGUGCGUGUCUCGAUGAAGAUCCUGCGACCCAGCACUCGCUGAUCUUCGGGCCACCGUCGCCCGGGCUUCUCACAGCGUCCGUGUCUUCCACAAGCCCCGCCUCUCUGCGGCGCCAUUCGACUCUUCCCCGGGGUCAGUCCGUGACCAAUGUCGCGUCCUCGAGUACUGGCGCCUCCAGUCCUGCGCUGAGUUCUGUCACCAGUCCGACACCUCCACCCGAGGUGGUCAGUCCGCGCAAGCAGAGCGCCGCUGCACAGUCGAGGGAUUGGAGUGCGCAAACCCUUGCGAACCGAAGACUAUCCCGCACGAUCCAUAUUCCCGUCCGCACACCUCGCUCCGGUGCAAGUUCGCGUUCCGCGUCUCGCUCCCGGUCUCCCCUCCCACGGGGAUACCAAGACCAGGCUACUAACAACCGCCGUUCCUCGAGGAUAUUGGUGGAUGACCCAGUCGAUCCGAUCAUGACUACCCUGUACGAGCUGAUUGGCAUUGCGACGGACGUUCAGGAGAUGUCCAUCAACCAGCUCACCGCCAACCCGAAGGUCUGCGAGCAGCUCGUGCAGCGCGUGCAGAACAUCGGUAAGGCGUGGGACGAGCACCCGGAUUGGCACGGACGCAACUGGUACGUCCAGGUACUGCUCGCUAUCGCGAGUCUGUCUCGAGUGGUCGAGUGGUGGGAGGCAGAGAAGCAGUUCUGGAACUUUGACGACAACGACGACGAGCAAGACGAAGCUCUCACUUUCGUGCUGAGGCCUGCGGACGAGGAGGAAGGUCUGGCCCCGACUCCCUCGGUCCGUGCUGAGGCGGCGGGAACCGGUGCGCUUCGCUUUCAGCAGGACGAGGAGAGUAAGCUUCGCAUGUCCCGGACCGUCAGCCAGACUCGUCGGACCAGGGAUGAAACACCGAAGGACUUGUCUAUGACGCCCGCGAAGGAGAACGACCAGCCCAGGUCGACGUCAAAAUUUACUGACAACAACGAAUCCGCGAGGGUCCUAGCCACCGAGCGUUACAACCAGAAUAUCGUACUGGAGCUGAGCAUGGAUGGCGACCACUUCAUAUGGGUCAACUAUGCAUGGCGGAACGUUAUCGGAACGGACCAGGAGGACCUCAUAGGAACGCGGAUAUCGCGGUUACUUGCUCCGGCUGACUGGCACGUCUUCCGCGAUGCGACUCGGCGGCUGCUCGACGACGAUUCACGCAUCGUGGAGGUGCGAUUCAGACUGAAGGUCAUUGACGCUGAACCCGGUCAGUCGUCGUACAAGAACCUGUACCAGCAGAUGGUCGGAACGGGUAUGCUCAUGAUGGAACGUGAGGAGGGUACACCGACGCAUACAAUGUGGGUCGUCAGGCCCAUCGGUCAGCCGGAAUGCCUGGAGCAGCCUCCUUCCAUCUUGCUCGAGUCUGGCGAGGUUGGUGACGAGCCAGCUUCCGCUGAGGCGACACAGGCGUACGAGCCUGUUACCCCCUUCCCGUUCGCGCGGCCGAUCAACAUUGCGCCGAUCCUCUGCCGCAUUUGCGAAUGCGAGGUACCGCAGUGGUACUUCGAGAAGCAUAAUGAGACGUGUGCGGAGACGCACCGGCUCGAAGCUGAAAUCAGCGAGUGCAACGAGUCGAUCGGCGAGCUUCGCAACACGAUUCGCGACUUGUUGACGGCAAUUGACCGUUCGUCGCCCAUGACGGCUCCCGAAUACCGUGGCAUGCCCAUCUUCUCCCCGGCUACCUCACCUGGAUCGUCUUCGCCGCUUCAACUCCUCCGUGCGCCGUUGAAGAUGAAGAAACUGAGCGUGAAGAAGCUGCAGCGUCACAUCCUUGAGCAACUCGAGGACAUCCUGCAACUCUGUAGCGAAAUCUCUAUCCCUGCGUUGAAGGACGAGGAAUCGGCCGAGCCCAUCGAGAGGCAACGCCUCUUGUCGCCUGCCUCAGAGCGGAAGAUGUCGCAAGUCCGACGAUGGGGCAAACCCUCCAUCGAGGACGGGGCGCUCACGCAGCUGAUCGAGGACGCCGAGCGUGUUAUGCGACAGAAAGUCGACAACGUCGUGCGUAUGCAGAAUACGAUCAAGUACUCGGAGAAGAUCCGUCAGGAGUGGGCGGACAAGGUCGCUCAGACCCUUUCGCAGAUGGAGGAUGUUGCUGAGGAGGACGAGGAUGAGGACGAGGACGGCGAACAGACCGCAGAAGGCUCAGAGGACGAACAACAGGGCGAGCAAGCGGAGGACCGUACCAGUAACACUAUUGACUACGCCUUCGGCAGUCAGACGGCGGAGCCCACUCCUAUCGCGUCGACCUCGCCGAUUCCGUUCUCCGGCGGUCAUUCGGGCCAAACUAUCGACCACACUCUAGCUUCUAACUUCAGCUCACCUCUCCUUCCUGUCGCGCCUAUUCCUGCGUAUCCUCCGAGCAACUUGCAAACACGAUCAUCUACGCCGUCUUCUAUCUCGUCUCCUCUAGCAUUAGCGGCCCCCAUAGUGUCGUUCGCAACAUAUCCUGCUCACGACCUCACACCACCGCCCAUGGAUCUCAACGAGGUCAAUCAGACCACAGUUCGGCCGCGGCCGUCGCUAGGCAUCCUCGAGCCUCGCUUGCUCAUCACUCCCCCUCUGUCGCCUUUGGUCUCACCCGAAGACCAGUCGCAGACGCGACGACCGCGCAGGCGACGGCACUCAAACUGCAGCGCAACCCAUUCUCAGCCCGACCAACUCGGUGUCGGGCACUCCAUUAUCGCCUCGCCUUCCUUCUGUCGCGCCGCUGUCCAGACGACACCUACGUCAAUCAAAGACUUCGAGAUCAUCAAGCCUAUCAGCAAAGGCGCCUUCGGCUCCGUCUUCCUCGCGAAGAAGAAAGCCACUGGCGACUACUUCGCGAUCAAGGUGCUCAAGAAGGCGGACAUGAUCGCGAAGAAUCAGAUCACGAACGUCAAGGCAGAGCGGAUGAUCCUUAUGAAGCAGGCUGAGUCGCCAUUCGAAUGGACGCGCAACUACAUCGCAGAGGUCGUUCUUGGAUUGGAGUAUCUGCAUCAGCGCGGUAUUGUACAUCGUGACCUAAAACCGGAUAAUUUGCUCAUCGACCAGCACGGUCACCUCAAGCUCACUGACUUCGGGCUGAGCAGGAUUGGUCUCCUAGGUCGCCAAACACGAGACGCUCAACUUCCCUCGGGAUGCGCACGCGGUUCGUAUUUUACGCAGAGGACCAGCUCGAUUCCUCGGCUAGGAUCGUCGCCUUAUUUGUCGCUUUCAGAUGACCCCUUACAGUCAUUCGCAACUGAAUUGACUACCGAUCUUCGCUCUCAUCCUAACCCUGGCGGUACGCCGCCCGGUGACCAGAAGGUGACCAUUCUAGGUCUGCGCGGCGAUGACGCUGCCGUGGAUUGGUGGGCUCUGGGUGUCAUCACCUAUGAAUUUCUCUAUGGGAUUCCUCCGUUCCAUGACGAAACGCCUGAGAAGGUGUUCGAGAACAUCCUGUCGGGCCGCGUACAAUGGCACGAGGGAUACAUGGACAUCUCGCCCGAGGCGAAGGACUUCAUGCAGCGGUUGAUGACACAGGAUCCCUCUCGGCGUCUGGGGGCCAAUGGUGCCGACGAGGUCAAGGAUCACCCGUUUUUCGCUGGGAUCGAUUGGGACAAGGUCACGGCUACCGAGGCGGCAUUCAUCCCGCAAGUCACAGAUCCUGAGUCUACUGACUACUUCGAUCCUCGUGGAGCAGUGCUGCAGCCGUUCAGCGAGCCCGACCACCCUACAAUGACCACCACUCUUGGCUCCGAUAGUCCCGCGCCAUCUGCUGACCUUGACCCUGCUUCCGCUUCUGCGCCCCCCGCCCUUGCCGACACAACCGCAAUGUCGCCCUCCGACGACGAUUUCGGUUCCUUCAGCUUCAAGAACCUUCCCGUCCUGAAACAAGCCAACGACGACAUGAUUCGGAAAAUGAAGACCGACCAGAUGGCGCCUUUGUCGCAGACGUUGUCAGAACCGGCGAAUCUCCACACCCGCCGCAAGAGUGUAUCGGCCAAGGUCAACAUCAAGAAGCCGACUAGCCAACCUUCGCCUACUAACCCGCCUUCGCCCGCGACCUCGACUUCGUCUAUUGCCUCCUCGAUGUCGCGAGGUCCGCCUACACCUGGAAGUGCUAGUGGCCACGUCCGGAAACCGUCGGAUUAUAGCACUGUUGAGCGGUUCAAGCUCAACCACCUGGAAGGCGACAAUGUCCGCCGUAACUCCAUGCCCAGCCGCCUCCGGACUGCGUCAGUGUCCACGAACGGCGAGAGCGUUACGUCUGACUCUUGGGGGCUGCCACCGGCGACCGGGCCUAAUCACUACGAGCUGAACACGCCACCGUCGUCAGUCGCCUCGGUUGACCUAAAGAGGGCGCCUGAUCCGUCAGAUCGGGCUGUGACAUGCCUCCUGGCGGAAGACAACCCCAUCACGGCGAAGAUCAUCGAGACACUGCUCAUACGUCUCGGGUGCCGCUGUGUUGUCGUGGCGGAUGGGUCGGAAGCUAUCAGUGUUGCCAUGGGUGACAUAAAGUUUGACUGUAUCUUGAUGGACCUUCAUAUGCCAAUACUGGACGGUGAAGGAGCCGCCCGAUACAUCAAAAACAGCGGCAACAAGAACGGAGAUACCUAUCAUUGCUACCUGUUGGCCACGAUGCGACAGCUAGGAUUCAAAACGUCGACUGUGCAGGGCAAGGUCGUGGGCAGGCGGCAAAACUGACCCCCGCACGAUGAGCACUAUUUUAACGACCGUCACGAUCUCAUUAUUCGUUCUUUUCCGUCUGCGUCUCUCCUCUCACGCUGCUUUUCGGAUUUCCGUGUUCAUGCAUGUCUCCGGCAAUAUUUCUCGUUCUGCUACUCUCAUUAUCAUCAUGCAUCAUCCUAUCCGCAUCGCUCUGCAGCAACCAUCUCUCCGCAUUUUCCUCUUCCCUGCAUUGUAUUAAGCUAGCUAGAGGUACUUGUGAUAUUAAAUAUCGGGCAUGGCCUAGCUUCACGUCUUCGUCAGAUCGUGAAAGACCAGACUGAUGCUCAAAUGGAG